CCUGUGUCGCUGGAUCUUCUGCCAGCUGGCAAGUGUGCUGAGGAGGGAGGACCAGUGUCGUCAGCUGCCCGCCAUGGCUUUCUUCGUUGAGCUGCUGGAGUGCCCUGACCUCGCCGAUACGGAUGAUGCCGUCCUGCCGCUGCUUUGGAGUUCUGUGCAGACUCAGGGCCUGGAGAUGCGCACACUGGCAUUCAGAGGCCUCCUGAGGCUGUCGACAAGCCCCGAGAUGGCAAGGAAAAUGCAGAGCAUGCUGCCAGAGCUCCUGGAGUGUCUGCAGGAUGUUCGCAGGGACAUGCGUGUGGGAAGCCUGCUGCUGCUGCGCAACAUCCUCAGCUACCUAGAGCAGAAGGGCUCCAACCCCAUGGCUCUGCAGCUGGCGGAGAAGCUUCUGCUGCUCUUUGCUGACAAAGACCGCACAGUGCGAGAGCUCUCCAUCCUCGUCUUCAAAGACCUGAUGGGGAGUGUGGUGGGGAAGAACAAACGGUGGCUGAAGCAGCAUGUGCAGAGGAGCCUGGUGCCGCUCUUGCUGCACAUGAGUGAGCAGAUCGCGAGCGUGGCCCAGGCCUCUCGGGAAGCCCUUGUCAGUGCUGCACGGCUCCUGAAGUGGGAGGAGCUCAAGCAACUGGCCAGAGCAGGGCAGACGUGGAAGAUCGGGGAGUACCUGGUGCUGAGGGACAGGAGCAGAGUGGAGCAAUACCUGCAGCAGAGCCGGCCCUACUUGGAGAACCCUCAGGCCUCCUUGCGGGAGGCAGCCGUGAGGCUCAUUGGGCUCAUUGGGCAGCAAGUGAAGCAGAAGGCGGCGAAGGUGCAGGAGAUCUGCGAGGCCCUCCAGCUCCUGGAAAAUGACCCUGACCCCUCAGUGCGUUGCCUGGUGACACAGACCUUGCUGAACCUGAGAAGUGCCAGGACAACGUCUCCAUCGAGGUUCAGCUUUGGAGCACUGGGUCAGUGGCUGCAGAGAGCAUGGCAGAGGGGUCCCCGUCCCGCCAGGAGGUGACUCUUUGAGCAGAGCUGGCACAGCUGUGCCAAUGCCCUGGUGCGGCACGCCGCAGACAAGCAAGUGUGCUGGAAGGUCUGGGCCAUUGCUGGCAUCUGCUGCAGCCACAGGAGAGCUCGACACCUGGAGUGCAGCCUGUCCCACUCUUGUGCUCCCCCUUCAUGCCUUUAUUGUGCUUUCCGCAAAGAUAGAGCCCUGUUUCUUCA